GAACCGGGGCCUGGAGGUUCGGAGGCAGAGGCCGCUGCUCAGCGCGGGAGUGCGGGGCGCUGCCCUCUUCGCACAGCAACCCCGCGCCGCCAUGGGCUCGACGCAGAAGCCCAACGUGUGCCGCCGGCUGAGUCGCCGGGCUUUGGGCUGUUUCUCGCGCGACGCAGGCGUGGUGCAGAGGACGAACCUGGGCAUCCUGCGGGCGCUUGUGUGCCAGGAAAGUACUAAAUUUAAGAAUGUGUGGACAACUCAUUCCAAGUCACCUAUAGCCUAUGAGAGAGGAAGAAUAUAUUUUGACAAUUAUCGGUGCUGUGUUAGCAGUGUUGCAUCAGAGCCAAGAAAACUUUAUGAAAUGCCAAAAUGUUCCAGAUCAGAAAAAAUAGAAGAUGCUUUAUUAUGGGAAUGCCCAGUGGGAGAAAUGCUUCCCAAUCCAUCAGAUUAUGAAUCCUCACUUAUAGCACUGACUGCUCAUAAUUGGCUACUUCGCGUAUCAGCAACUACAGGAAAAGUCCUUGAGAAAAUAUAUCUUGCUUCAUAUUGCAAAUUCAGAUACUUGAGCUGGGACACUCCUCAAGAAGUCAUUGCAGUCAAGUCAGCUCAGAACAAAGGCUCAGCAUUGGCCCGGCAGGCAGGCAUUCAGCAGCCUGUUUUGCUGUACCUUGCGGUAUUCCAUGUUCUACCUUUUUCACUCAUAGGGAUUUUGGAGAUCAACAAAAAUAUUUUCGGGAAUGUUACAGAUGCUACCUUGUCUCAUGGAAUACUCAUUGUGAUGUACAGCUCAGGACUGGUCAGACUCUAUAGCUUCCAAGCCAUCACUGAACAGUUCAUGCAACAGAGACUUGACUUAGGGUAUGCCUGCAGAUGGGGUGGGACUACUGGAACUGUAGGAGAGGCUCCUUUUGGCAUUCCUUGUAAUAUUAAAAUCACAGAUAUGCCACCAAUGCUCUUUGAGGUGUCCUCCCUGGAGAAUGCUUUUCAGAUUGGAGGCUACCCUUGGCACUACAUCAUCACGCCUAAUAAGAAGAAACAGAAAGGAGUGUUCCAUAUUUGUGCCCUAAAAGACAAUUCCUUGGCAAAAAAUGGGAUCCAAGAAAUGGAGUGUUGUUCUCUAGAAUCUGACUGGAUCUAUUUUCAUCCCGAUGCUUCUGGUAGGAUAAUACAUGUUGGCCCAAACCAGGUCAAAGUUUUAAAACUAAGUGAAGUAGAAAACAGUAGUACCCAGCACCAGAUCUCUGAAGAUUUUGUCAUUUUUGCCAACAGGGAAAAGAACAAAAAUGAGAACUUAUUCACUGUUACAGCUUCUGGACGGGUGGUUAAAAAAAGUUUUGACCUUCUGGAUGAUGACCCAGAACAAGAGACUUUCAAAAGUGUGGACUAUGAAGAUGAGUUGGAUUUACUUUCUGUGGUAGCUGUAACUCAGAUAGAUGCUGAAGGAAAAGCUCACCUGGAUUUCCACUGUAAUGAAUAUGGAACUUUACUUAAAAGCAUUCCUCUAGUGGAGUCAUGGGAUGUGACAUACAGCCAUGAAGUCUAUUUUGACAGAGACUUGGUGCUACACAUAGAACAGAAACCCAGCAGGGUCUUCAGCUGCUAUGUUUACCAGAUGGUGUGUGACCCUGAGGAAGAAGAAGAAAUAACAAACAAAUUGUGAAAAAGAGUGAGAUAAUUUAAAAUUUUGAGCUGUACCUUACAAGACUUUUAGCAACACUCUGUAGCAGCUAUAUCCAGUCCUCCUUUUUAUUAUCUGGAUAGCAAGUUCUCCCUAUUUUCCAGAAAAGGUCCUGUGUGGACUCCAAAUGACUAUAACUUCUUUUUUAAACUCUUGCUAUACAAGGUGGUAAGGACUUUAUCUUAUGUAAAAAUAUUUUAAAAUGACAUCCCAAGAAGUCUGGCAUUUUGGAGCUUUUGGCUCAGUGGUGAUACAAAUAUGCAAUGUUGGGGAACAGAGAAGACAGGUUAAUCCCAGUUGCUGGGGAGAGGGUCAUUAAUGGAGGUCUUUAACAUGGUUCUUAAAGGGUGGUUGUGGAGUUUUGGUUAGUAAGAACAGGAGGGAGAGAUGAAAAGAAAGAUACAAAAGAUACAGAAAUGAAUCCUGUAUUCUCUAUACCAGACUUUGCUUAAGGUUGAAUAAGGAGAUCUGUAAUGUGAAAACAUAUUUUGGAGCCAAAAAUGUGUCAUCACAGUUCUUUUUUUUAAUCUUAUGUAUGUUUUGCAUUUUGUAUUUAUAUAUAGUAGCAGGAAUUGGCUUUAGUUCCCAAAUUAUCUUUUCUUCUAUGGUUCUGUUUUCUUGGUUUGAUGUUCCCGUUGAUUAUUUGUCUGUCUUUCUUAGACUAAUGUAAGAUUCCAAGCCAUAUUCAGGUUAACUUUUUCCUGGUAUGUAGCCUGUUCAGCUUUUACUACAUCUAAGAACAUUGUGCUUAUUUCACCAUUCUGUUUAUUUGAUGAGCCUUCCAACUCUGCUUAGGCAAUAUUUUCAUACAUAAGCGAUAAGGUAAAGGUAUCCCAGUGCUGCUCCCCGCAGAAGAGUAGAUAAAGUCCCAGGAGCUCUUACUGGCUUGGAAACUGACUGAUUAGCCAGAAAAACCUUUUGGCUCUGUCUUACUGUGAAACAAGUAUUUUUUCAUCUUUGUUAAAACCGAUCUGAAUAUGAUCCUUAAACAUAGAUAAUCAUUCUUCAGAAUGUUAAAUAAAAGAACAUAAGUAAAAGAAGAAAGUGUUUCUUUGUGCUUCGUGUCUGAGAAAUGCAGUUGCUUUCAAUCCACAUGUAUAGCACAUUUCUCUGAUUCAAAAGUAAAAAUAGAAGGGGAGAAAACAGCAGUAAAAAUUAUUGCUGAUUCAAAUUUAAGGUAAAAAUAUGGGAUUUUAGCUUGCAUGAGUUCCAUUAAAAUCCGAGUUUUUCCUUUGAUUUUGGCUUGAUGCCAUAUUAAGAAUGAUGUGAAUUCUGCCCUGUUCUUCCUUUGAAGUGUGCAGAUAAAUUUCAAGCCUAUUAUGACCAACAGGGCUGAGAAAGGUGUUAGCUAUUUAAAAAGUCAAGAAGUUAGUAGCAGAGUCCAUAAAUUUAAAAGACAUAAAGGGAGCAAACCUAAAACUGUCUUUUGAGCAAUUGAAAAUUACUAACGUUUAAGAAUAAGGGAAAAUAUUUAUAUGUAGGCUUGAAGUAGAUCUUCCUGAAUCUGAUGCUAUAUAUAAUAACCAUUUGAGAAAGUAGAAGUGAUUACCUAUAAGCAAGAUGAUAAAUCUUCAUAUAUUAAAUUACAAUACUUUUAUAUCUCCUAACUGAAAGAUCCAUUCUCAUUUUAUACAUAUUUAAUAAUUCUAUUUAAUAUAAUACUUGAAGCUUUCAGAGCAUUUUAGAAACAUGAUUUUUAUUAGAAAGCAGUUGAGUAGUUACAGUGUGCUAGAUUUUGCCCCAAAUUUCCAAUUAGAUGCUAGUUAUAAACAAUUCUGCCCAGUGAAUUUAUAUCUUGAAAAACAAGUCCAGUAAGAAUUAAUAGAUUUAAAAUGCCAGAGAAAAAGAAAGAAACCAGUGUUGUAUGGGUUUCAAAGCAGGUGCAGUGCUUUGUAAAAGCAGAGAGCCUGCUCUCCAUUUCCAAGAGUGUUUAAAAAGAAGUUUCUUGUAUUUCCCCUUCUCCUUUAAGUCAUUGCCUUCUUUUGGUGAAAUGAGAGAAAGGAACUCAUCUACUCAGAAAGACAGCUGGGAACUAGCUGAGAUGUCUGGCAGCUUUUUUGGUGGGGGUCAGGAUGACUGGGUGGAUUACUUCUAGUCUAGAUGUGAACUGACUGCUUAGAAAUUGCCAGGUGUCACCACUGCACUGCCAAAACCAAGCUAGACCAGGACCCAGAUGCCGUGUAGGCCAGGCAAGGAAUGUGUCUUGGGUGAAAAACAGCAGGAAGUCAUGGACAGUGUAACAGCAGGAGGGCUUUGCCCCAUUGAAAAAGGGCAAGCUGCUACGACUUAGUUUCUGCCAAUUGUAGCACUGUGUGGGAAUGUGGGCUGUGGAUUGCUGAAUGUGAAAAAAUACCAAAGAUACAGAAGAUAGCAAGGAAUCUGGGAAAUUUAUAGGUAAUAUGCAUAACAGAAGACAAUAGCAGCAUGCUUCCCAAAAAAAGAAUUGGUUUGCCAGUCCCCACAGUGGCGAUGCUGCCAUUCAUUAUGCCCCCCAAAUGUGAGUCUGCCAUUCUCUUGGGGUGGAGGUAAGUGGUGGUUAGUAUCCUCCUGCCCCACCAUAACCCUGUUCUCCAGUUGACUGUCUGGAGGCUUUAGUGGUGUGCCUGCGUACUUAACAGGUGCUAGUGACAAGCAUAAAAUAUUAUGGUAAAUAUUUCUGAGAGCUUAAUGUAAAUCUGGGUAAAGCAGGGUAGCUUCUUUCACGAGGUGCAGAUGUUAAGCUGAUAUGUAUUUCUGUAUUUCUGCUCCUUGAUCUAAUCUGUAUUCUCACAGUAUUGAGGCAGCAACAUUACUGUUCUUUGACUUUCUAAAACAUUUUUAACAAUUCUGAGAGAAAACAAAUCCUGUCAUAGUUGCUAGUUGAACUACAUAUUGAGGAGAUGAUACUGUUCUACCUAAACAAAUUAAGGUACUCUACAUUCUUCCACCACUUGAAUGUCCUGUUUCUUGUACUUUUAAAAAUGAUAACUUGUAUUUAUUGAGUACUUUCUGCCAGUCACUGUGAUAUGUAUAAAGUGUAUUGCCUCAUUUAACAUUUAAAAUAAAUAUGUAAAGUAUGAAUUGCCGUUAUCCUGCUACAUCUUACAAAUGAGGACAGUGAGGCCUAUAGAAGUUAAUUUGUCCAAGGUCCUACAACUAAUAAGUGCGGAGAUGGGAAACACAUCCAGCUGUGUUUGACACAAACUUAAUGCUAAAUUUCCACCAAAGCUCUCAAGAAGCAAAGGAUUUGUUUUAUCUCAUGUAUAGCAUACUGAUAAUAAUAAUAUUGGGGAGAUAGGAAAAUGCUUAAUAAGUGUUUUUUUAAUAAUGAUAUCCAAAUUUUAGACAAAGUUUGAAUGUGCUACAGUUAGCCUAUUCACAUAUAUAACUUCACAUAAAAGAUGGUUCUUUAUUCAUUUGUUAAAAGUCAUUUUUUAAGAAGGUACAAAAAAUGGUACCCUCGGGCUGUUUGUGGUGUUAAUAAAAACCAGUAUUAGUAAUUACUCUUACUGUAAGUUGGCUUCCUUUUCAAUAAUUUUUAUAUUUUCUUACCUUUCUUACAAUGUUUAGAUAUAUCAUUUACUUUUUUCCAUUUUCCUGUUGAUGGACACUGGAAUGUUUCCACUUUUCUUCCCCACUGUUACGAAAUUUGAAAAUUUCAGGGCUAAUUUCUGGUCCCUGUGUUACCAAAGAGGUAGAAUUCUCUUAGAAUAAUUUAUUUCAGGCAAGGAUAGUAGAAAGGUAAGACCAACUGAUGACUUUUCUCCAUCCUUUUAUUAUGAAAAAUUUCAAACAGCAAACUACAGCAAAGUUUAUGGAAUUUUACAGUAAAUACCCAAAUACCAGCCACAUGACUUCUACAUUUCACUCUACAUGUUUUAUUACUUAGCUAUCCAUGUUACUUUUGUGAUGCAUUUUGAAAUAAAUUGCAGGCAUCAGUGUAACUCUCCCUAAUACUUCAGCAUGCAUAUCAUUGAGUAGAAUUUAAUAUUGUUUAGCUUUAAAAUUUUUAAAUGUGCACUUAUAUGCAAUGAAAUGCACAAAAUGUUAAAUACAAAUUUGCUGGGGUUUUGCAAACACAUGCACCUGUGUAGCCCUUCCCAAAAUUUAGAACAUUGCAAUCAUCCCAGAAAGUUUCCUCAUGCCCCUUCCCAGUCAGUCCCCACCCCACCUCUCAGGUAUAACUACUGUUCUGUUUGCCUCACAGUUAAAAUUGCCAUUCUAAAACUUCAUAUAAAUGAAAUCAUGCAAAGCACAAUGCUUUUUUACUCAUCAUGUUUCUGAGAUUAAUUCAUGUUGCGUGUAGCCGUGGUUCAUUCCCCUUUAUUGCUGAGUAUUCUUUUGUAUGAAUAUGUCAUAGUUGACUUUUUCCAUUUUCCUGUUGAUGGACACUGGAAUGUUUCUGCUUUUCUUCCCCAGUGUUAUGAAAUAAAACAGCUGUGAACAUUCUUGUAUACAUUUUUUUGGUGAGCAUGUGUCUUUAUUCCUCUUGUAAACAUCCAAGGAUGGAAUUGUUGGGUCCUAGGGUAUGUUUAGUUUAAUAAGAAACUGCCAGACCUUUAUUCUAAAGCAUUGUACCAUUUUACAUGCCUGCAGCAAUGUAUGAAACUUCCAGUUGCUCCAUAUUUCUUCCAACAUUUGUGGUGGUUCACCUUUUUUAUCUUAUCAUUUAUGGAGGGUAUAUAGUCAUUUCUAGUUGAUAUUUAGAUUGUUUCUACUUGUGUCUAGCAGCCCUCUUGUCGGUCCAGCUUUUUAUCCUUUUUAACACCACCUUCCCCCAGGAAUUGCUGAAACAUUCUUUCUUUGUGACAGUAAAUGUAACUGAAAACUCAACGAGAGUUAUUCUUUCUCAAACAUGAGAUACAUCGCUCACCGAGGAACCCUGUUUCCUUUAAUGGAGAAUAACAGUACAGAGCAAACCUGGGUUGCCAGCGGCACUCAUUGGACUGUUCCACAUGCCUACUGGAGCAGGGUAAGAUGGCACCAGAGAAGAGGCUCCAUCAAAUGUUGUAAUAAAAGCAGAAAAUGACCUUUUGUUUUCAAGUUUAUGUGGUCAUAUUAUUUAUAAAUCAGAUAAAUUAUUGCUCUAAAAUGAAAGCAUAUUAGUAUUAACAAGCUUUCUCUUUUCUCUGAUAACU